CGGUUUAGACGAAUCUCCCUCUGACAAGGAAAGAAAAAUUCCCUUCCUUUCACCUCUCAAAUCCCUCGAAUUAAACCUAUUCAACAUUUUCCAUUUCAUUUUCCCAUCAACCAAACAGACGAGAAAACUUAACGCAAACUUAAAAAAAAAGAAAAAUGGACAAGGUAGUGGAAGAAGUGGAGAAGACAAAGAGAGAGUGGGACGAAGCCUAUGCAAAGAACCAAGAGCAUGUAAAGGAGAUUCAGGAAUAUGGGAAAGCAACAGUGGAGGAAACCAAAAACAAAAAUUCAUUGCCCAGAUUAAAUGGGUUGGCUCAAGAUGGAUUGGCUUUGCUUAAUUCGUUGCAGUUUAAUCUUGAUCUUCUUGCUCCACAGCUUCCUACUGAUGAAGAGGUCCAGUCUGCUAAAGCUUUACUUGAAUCUUGGAAAAGUCAAUGCCAAAGUUUGAGAUUGAGUUUAAGGAAUGCGAAUUUGCAAGCAAAGGAUAAUAUCAGGAAAACUGCUCAGAAAGAGAGAGAACUUCUUCUGGGUGGUGGAGAAGAAUCCACGAUUCGUCGGCGCAAUUUGCAGACAAAGGCUGGAAUGACAUCUGCUGCAGAAAGCAUCACAGAGAGCCUUCGCCGUACACGACAAUUGAUGGUUCAGGAGGUGGAAAGAAGUACAAGCACACUCAUGACUUUUGAGGAAUCAACGGGAGUAUUAAGGAAGGCUGAAAGUGAAUACAAGGGGCACCGCUCAUUGUUAAUGCGAACCCGGAAUCUACUCUCCACAAUGCAGCGUCAGGAUGUUAUUGACAGGGUGAUACUCAUAGUGGGAUUUGUCUUGUUCUCUUGUGCUGUACUAUAUGUUGUUUCAAAGCGUAUUGGCAUACUUAAGUUGCAGAGGACAGUUACUGCAGCCAUAAGGGCCGGUAUGGCUGGAAAACCAGAUGUUGCUCGUAGAGCUGUAGAAGAAGGUAUUAACCAUGCCCAAUUUCCUGACAAUGUAGUUCCCAAGGUGGGAAUCCCUUUAGAGCAACCCAUGCAUGAUGAACUUUGAGGUAAUGUAGUUUAUGUUAAAGAAACUACCACAUUGCCCAUCAAAUGCACGGGUUUGUUUUUGUUUCUUUUUUAUGAGAAAGGAAAUUAGUUUAAGAAAUGUUCUAUUCAUAAAACAUAAGAGAAUGGGUAAUGGAGCUGUGAUAUGGAAGGAGAAGCACAUACGCAUUUAGAAAGACUACUACAAUACAUCUGGAGACUGGAGUUAUAAUGCUUGACUAUUGUUUAAGGUCAUUCAUUCCUAA